AUGUCACAGAGAAACAUAAUUACCACAUGUCACUUUAACGGUGUUGUUUCGACAAACACUCCUGUUGGAUUCUCGUUCAGCAAUACGGAUACAUACGCCUUCAAAAUUCAUGUCAAUUCAAAUUUUUUUCAUUUUAAAGAUAGAAUGGAAAAAAAAUUGGCACAAGGCGUUGAGGAAAUCAUUUAUCGCCAUCCCACCCUUAAUGAAGACGACUGUACGAUUUUUUACAUUAUGACGCCAAUCAAAAACGACGAGGAUGUGAAGGCAAUAUUUCUGUGCCACAUGAUGUUUGGUUAG